CCGUGGUCACGUAGCUCAGGUUCCCCGGGCUGCUUCCGCGCUGCGCGUGUUGCUUGGUGCUCCCACCCCGGACCCGCCGCUUCUCUGCCAUCAUGCCGAUGUUCAUCGUGAACACCAACGUGCCCCGCGCCUCCGUGCCCAACGGACUCCUCUCUGAGCUCACUCAGCAACUGGCGCAGGCCAUGGGCAAGCCGGCCCAGUACAUCGCCGUGCACGUGGUCCCGGACCAGCUCAUGGCUUUCGGCGGCUCGAGCGAUCCCUGCGCGCUC